GGGAGCUUAGGAAGCCGAGCGGCGCGCGUCCUUGCCCUACAUCCUCGGUGGGUGCUCGGCGGUCUCUGCUUUCCCAGGUGAAGAGAUGGCGUUUGUGAAGAGCGGAUGGCUACUGCGACAGAGUACUAUUUUAAAGCGUUGGAAGAAGAAUUGGUUUGACCUGUGGUCAGAUGGUCACCUGAUUUAUUAUGAUGACCAGACCCGGCAGAGUGUGGAGGAUAAGGUCCACAUGCCGGUGGACUGCAUCAACAUCCGUACAGGGCACGAGUGUCGGGAUAUCCAGCCUCCGGACGGGAAGGCCAAGGACUGCCUGCUGCAGAUCGUCUGCCGAGAUGGGAAGACUGUUAGUCUUUGUGCAGAAAGCACAGAUGAUUGUUUGGCCUGGAAAUUUACGCUGCAGGAUUCUAGGACUAACACGGCCUACGUGGGCUCAGCAGUCCUCUCCGAUGAGAUGGCCGUGGCUGCCUCCCCGCCUCCGUACACAGCCUAUGCCGCUCCGAUCCCCGAGGCCUACGGUUAUGGUCCCUAUGGUGGUGCCUACCCAGCAGGAACUCAACUCGUCUAUGCUGCGAAUGGCCAGGCAUAUGCUGUGCCCUACCAGUACCCAUAUGCAGGGCUCUAUGGGCAGCAGCCUGCCAACCAAGUCAUCAUUCGGGAGCGGUAUCGAGACGACGACGGUGAUCUGGCGCUGGGCAUGCUGGCUGGGGCGGCCACAGGCAUGGCCCUGGGGUCCCUCUUCUGGGUCUUCUAGGGUCCCCCGAGCCUGAGACCCUGUGCAUAGCUUCUGACGACCCUGUGUGCAAUAAUAUGAUUUGCAGGGCUUUUCUGUUCAUGACAGAUUUUGUUUUAAUAAUGACAUCAGUAGCUCUUUCGAAAGUAGUGAGUUGAUAAUUGUAAGUAAUCCACAGAAGUCCCACAGAGGAGAAUGGGCCGAGGAACCAUGCUGGUUAGCUGGAGUGUGGACUUUGAGGCUGGCCAGCUUGUUCUGAGAGUUUCUGAAUGCAACCCUGACUACCUUAUUUGAACAUAACUUGUCUUCAAAGGCACUUUCUCCUCACGGUUAAGUGUAGUGCUCCAAGGAUUAUUUUCAUAUUCUGUUAAUAAUCAUAGACAUCAGGGAUGUGAGAGUGAGUGUGCCCAAGAAGCUGCAGCAUCUUUUGUUUGAACUUUUCAGGAUCAGAACAGACUUGGCUGCAGACCCCGAGAGCCCUGGGCUCGUAGCUGCCUGGGGUCUUCCCGGAGGCAGUGGGUAUCAUCCCCCGGGACCUGCCCUCUGGGGCUCUGCAGUCCCUGCUACACUCUGGCUCAGGAUGAGGGGGCAGCCUCCUCCACUUUCCAAAUGACACUUCUGGAAUCUGCUUCAUCCUAGAGCUUCUCACCCACGUAUUCCUGUUUGGUUUUGAUAGCAAUCCUUAGAAAACACCCAUAUCAGGAGCUAGUUUCCGCCUUGUUGGAGAGUUAGAACUUAGUUUGUUUAAAAGUUGGAGAAGGCAGGAUAGCAAGCGUGGAGGUGGAUUUGAUUUAUUUGGAGACUGUUUUUAGCAUCUGCUUUAGGUACAUUAGCCUAAGCCCAUUUGCAGCCUGUUUUUCUACCCGAUGAGAAAGUCACGCAGAACAUUGAGGCACAUGCACGAGGGCGCAGUCAGGAGCAUCCUGACAUUGUGGCGUGUGGAAGGUGGCCCCUCUGUCCCACUCAAAGCCCAUGCUGUGUGAAGGCGGGGAUGGCUGUCCACUGCGUGCUGAGAAGCACCAUGGUCAGGAGAGACUUGGGUUGUAGAAGGGAGGGACUUGCUCAAGGUACCACUAGAACUGGCCAGGGCCCAGCCUUGAUGCUGCUCCCAGCCCACGUGUGGUAAGGGAAGUGUGAGAUGUGUAAUUUCCAUCUCCCCAGUGUGUGAAGUCUUGGAAAACCCAGUCAGCCUACCUUUGUCUCAAGUACUCGUUUUUCCAAUAUUGUGCAAUAUGUGUUGCAACUACCUACUUAUUUCAUGCAUUGCAGCUGUUAAUCACUUGGUUUUCUGUCCCGCAUACCUUCAUCUAUACACCUUCACACAGCACAGUGAGGUUUGCUGCCCCACACUCUGUAGAGUUUUGUUGUUAAAAUACACUCCAGGUGGUGCAGAUUCUGGGGUGUGUGUAUGUGUACACACACAAGGGUGCACUUGCCCGCAUCCGCGCCCUCUUGCUGCUCAGCCAGCUGUGUGCCUGAGGCCGACCAAAAGAGAUUUCCAGGUGCAGUCAGAUGCCCAGUGCACCUGGUGGUGACCACUGAUCUGUUUUGCUAGUCCAGCUGGGGACUCAGUGACGUGGGAGCGUGUUUCUAGCUAAAAGCAAAUCAUGUAUGUGUGUGUAGCUGUCACCUCUGGGUGGAUAUAGUUUGUGACCAUACUGAUGUUCCUUGUUUAAAAUGCUGCUUUAACUUGAGAUGUUGAUUUUACAUCCUGUGUCAUACAAAUGGCUUUGUUUUAGAUUGUAAUCAUUAAAGCUGUGGCAGAAUAUUAAAACCAGUUUUUAAUGUUG